AUGAAAAUCAUUAAGAAACUUAACUUGGCUCUAGUUAUUGCGGUUGUGGUAUUUAUCACUUUCGCUUCUUCUUUGCCUAAUUUGAAAAGAGAUGAUUACUCAAGAGAAUUUAAAGAAGGAACAUCUUUGACCAAAAGACAGGACCAGUGUCCAGCCGGUUAUUCUCUGUGUAAAUACGGGGGUUGUUGUUACGGUACUUCGGUUUGCUAUCCUUCUAACGUUCCUGGAGUUAAAUACGUAUGCGACAAUAAUUGUGGUUAUAAUCCUGUAAGUUGCGGUGAUGGUACUUGCUGUCGUAACGGAGAAAGAUGCACCAGUGAUGGAUAUUGUGAACUUUAA